AAUUUGUAGUAAGAAAAGAAAAAUUGAUCAAUAAUUUAUCAUUUGCAAGACAUGACAUGAAGAAAGUAGGCAAACUAUGGGUGGAUGGAGUGAGUGGCUCCAUUAUUAUGGUGUCCACUAGCCGCCGCACUCUCCAGGCCCGAUUGGGAGCCGCCGAUUGAUAGUCGUUCUCCAUUAAUCUCACUYUACAAUCUCUAGAUCCCUGCUUAAUCUUUUAAUUGUUUGUUCUUGAGUGGAUGUGGACGACACUAAACAAUAAACAAGCCCCGAUGUUUGAAAAUGUCAACUUCAUCCCCUUUCUCUACGGUCAAUGCUCCGUCGCAAUUGUAGAAACAAUGACAGCACUGAGAAAUGGGAAUUUUCAAUUUAACGCGCUGUUUAAUCUUCCUCUGCAGCCAAUUUUGACCUCUUCCCCAAAUAUUAGUAUAGCCUCCAGUUCCCCCAAAACGAGAAUUUCUCCAAUUUCUCCUCCUUCCACCCGAAUGGGUUCCUUCCACUUCCAUUUCUUCAUCGCCUCCUUGUUCUGUUUCUUCUCCUCCAUCGUUUCUCAGCAGCCGUACGUGGGAUCGACCACCGAAGACUGUAACAACCCCCACAAUUCCACUGGUAACUUGGGUUACUUCUGCAACACCCCCAAUCGGACUUGCCAAUCUUUCCUCACCUUCAGGUCGCGCCUUACCUUUAACUCUGUUUCCACAAUCUCUGCUCUGUUGGGCUCCGACCCCUCGGAGCUCUCUCGGGUCAACUCCGUCGCCGCGUCGGCCACUUUCCCGACGGAGAAGUUGGUGCUUGUCCCCGUCGAUUGUUCCUGUUCCGGUCAGUUUCUUCAGGCAAAUGUUUCUUUUACUACCCGAUUUGGGGAUACUUAUCUCUCGAUUGCACGUGAUUCCCUCCAAGGUCUCUCCACCUGCCAAUCCCUUAUAGCUCAGAACCCCAAUCUUAAUGCCACGAGUAUUAAUGGCGGGGAGAGGAUUGUUGUUCCUCUUAGAUGCGCUUGCCCCACCAAGAACCAAACUGAUAUGGGUUUCAAUUAUCUUUUGAGUUACUUAGUUGUAUCCGGCGAUACUGUUGAGGAAAUCACUGCGAGAUUUGAAUCAUUUGGUGCGGAUAUUGGUUCUGUACUUGAAGCCAACGAACUUCAAGAACAAUCCGUAAUUAUCCCUUCUACUACUCUUUUGAUUCCCCUUAAAAGUGAGCCGUCGGCCACUGGAAUGAGAGAGCCCGCCUCGCCCCCACCGCCACCUCCGCCUCCAUCUCCGGCCACUCCACCGCCUCCGGCCCCUAAUAGAACAUGGGUAUAUGCCCUUGUGGCCGUUGUAGGAGGAGUUGUUUUGGCAGCUGCAAUUGGAACUGUGGUGUUCUUUGUGUGUGUGAGGAAAAGGAAGAAGAAAACUAAGCAUUCGACUACUGAAGUUGAAAGCUUUGAGUCAUAUGAGAAGCCGUCGGAGAAGAAAGUGGAUGGGGAGUCUUCUUCCAUCACCUUGGAGAGUAUUUAUAGUGUUGCUCAAUCUGUCAAAGUUUACACCUUUGAAGAGCUGCGGGAUGCAACUGAUAAUUUCAGUUCAGCCCAUCUGAUCAAAGGGUCCGUAUAUCAUGGCACAAUCAAUGGGGAUUCUGCAGCUAUUAAGAAGAUGAAUGGAGAUGUUUCGAAACAGAUCGCCUUACUCAACAAGGCGAACCAUUCGAAUCUGAUUCGCCUUUCGGGUGUUUGUUUCGAUGAAGGGCAUUGGUAUCUUGUUUUUGAGUAUGCUGCCAAUGGUCCCUUGAGUGACUGGAUUGAUUCAAAUAGUAGUAGGGAUGGCAAGUUUUUGAGUUGGACGCAGAGGAUACAGAUUGCGGUGGACGUCGCAACGGGGCUCAAUUAUCUCCAUAGCUUCACAAAUCCACCUCAUGUUCACAAGGAUUUGAAGAUUGAUAAUGUACUUCUUGAUAGUGAGUUCAGGGGCAAGAUAUCGAACUUCAGUCUGGCAAGAUCGGCGGGAUGGGAAGAAGGCGAUUUUACAUUGACAAUGCACAUUGUUGGAACAAGAGGUUAUAUGGCUCCGGAAUAUCUCGAAAAUGGUCUUGUUUCCACAAAGCUUGAUGUCUAUUCAUUUGGGAUUCUGAUUAUCGAAAUGCUCACCGGGAAGGAGGUUUCAGAGUUGUACCGAAAGGAGAAUUUGCAGUUGCCUGAACUUCUUAAGAAAGUGCUUGACGAGAAAGAUGGCAAGGAUUAUUUAAUCCACCUGAUGGAUCCCUCGUUGGAAGGUAAAUAUCCCAAUGAACUUGCCGUUUUUGUGAUGAAUAUUGUCGAUAGGUGCUUAAACAAGGACCCGUCUCAACGCCCAUCCAUGGAUGAGAUUGUUCAAUCCCUCUGUAGAAUUUUGAGCAGUUCUUUAUCAUGGGAAUUGUCAAACACCUCUGUAUGACAAACCCAAACUCAUAACAGAGCUCAUCAGAAAUUCUGCUCAUGUCUGAUCAGAGCUGUUCUUUUAAGUAUAAGAUCUUACAGUUACAGUUCCAACCUUGUAAAUCCUGUCUGAUUCUUCUAGCUGCCUCAUUUUUGUAUGCAAAGUUGUAAUAAUGUUCAAAAACAUACAUCACAUUUCUUACA